AUGCCACCAAAAUUGACAGCUGCUGAAAUCGAAGCAAACGAUGCUGCUCGUUUGAACGAGUUGGGUUACAAACAGGAACUAAAGCGAGAACUAUCAUCAUUUGGUAACUACGGGUUGGCUCUCAGUGUUGUAUGUAUCUCCUCUGGAUUGACCAGUUUGUUUCUGUACGGUUUGAAUACGGGUGGCCCAGUCGUGAUGGUUUGGGGUUGGAUUAUAGUUGCUGUAUUCACCAUGACGGUUGCUUUAUCUAUGGCUGAAAUUUCGUCAGCUUACCCUACUUCAGGUGGUCUUUAUUGGUGGGCAGCACGAUUAAGUUCCAAGAGAUAUGCACCUUUUACAUCAUGGAUGACUGGAUGGUUCAAUUUGAUCGGUCAAUUUGCAGUAACUGCAGGCAUCAAUUACGGAAUUGCAUUAAUGAUCGCAGCUACUAUAUAUGUCGGAACUGAUGGUGCCUGGACACCAACUGUUGGUGCCACAGUCGGAAUCCAUAUCGCUAUGUGUGUUACACACGGCAUAGCUAAUUCCUUGGGCCCCAAAGUAAUGACAGGCAUCAACUCGUUCAGCACAUGGUGGCAAGUUAUUGCUCCUGCUGUCAUCAUGAUCACCAUUGUAGCCAAAGCACCUACACAUCAAUCAGCUAAAUUUGUCUUUACACAUUUCAACAACAACAGCGGUUGGGCGAGUCCUGCCUAUGUUGCAGUUGUUGGUCUAUUACAAGCUCAGUUCACUCUCACAGGCUUUGAUUCCAGUGCUCACAUGUCAGAGGAAACCAAGAACGCAGAGAUCAGUGGUCCCGUGGGAAUGACAAUGGCUGUACUUGUCAGUGCCAUCAUGGGAUUCUUGUUUAUCAUUGCCUUUUUGUUCUCUAUUCAAAAUUUUGAAGCUACCGUAGGCAGUGCUACAGGCUUCCCUGUAAUGCAAAUCAUCUAUGAUUGUGUCGGACAUGCUGGUGCUAUUGUGCUUAUGGUUAUGCUCAUCAUUGCUUGCUGGCAAUGCGGGUUUGCUAGUGUAGCAGCCAAUUCAAGAAUGAUCUACGCCUUCUCGCGCGAUAAUGCCAUGCCAGGCAGUAAAUAUUGGCACAAAAUUGAUUUAAAAAGACAGUCUCCCAUAAAUGCUGUUUGGUUAUCAGUGUUGAUUGCUUCUCUCCUAGCUUUACCAGCUUUGGGCAACAGCACCGCCUUUUCAGCCAUCACAUCCGUUGCCACGAUUGGUCUUUACAUUUCCUACGCUGUCCCCAUCUUUGCAAAGCUCGUCAACAAGAAACAGUUCCACAGAGGUCCUCUUCAUCUGGGCCGGUUCUCUGAAAUUAUCAACAUAAUCUCAAUCUUUUGGAUCUGCCUCAUCACAGUCUUGUUUGUGUUGCCUCCAGUUUAUCCCAUCGAGGCUGUUAGCAUGAAUUAUGCUUGUUUGGCUGUGGGAUUGGUGUUCUUUGGUGCUGGAGGCGCAUUCUUGGUGGAUGCCCGCAAAUGGUUCACUGGCCCAGUCAUUAAUUUGUCCAAAGACGAACUGGAACAUACUCAAUUGGAGAAGGAUAGACAAGGCAUUUCCAGUGAUCUUGAAAGCAGCUCUGGCACUGAGAAAAACCAAGCUGUCUCAAGUGCCAAUGAUAGCAAGAUCAAGGAAGAUAAGGUGCAAAUAUCUGAAGUAGAGAAUGCCUCGUAA